AUGCAGUUCGUCCAGGAGCCCCCGGAGCUGUCGGAGGAGUUUGCACCUUCCGCGAGAACGUGCCCUGAGUACACCAAGGCCUUCGUCCCCUCACAAAUACCGACGCCUCCGCCGAGCGACACAGAGACAUCUCCCGACCCUACAACCCCUUUCCAGGACUCUUUCACAGCGGCACAGACAUCGACACCAGAAUCAGAUCCACCCGAUGAAACUUCACUCACCACCGUCUCGAGAACAUUCCGACCAGAUUCUCGCAUCCAUACCUACUAUCCUGAUCUCGUCCUCCUCUCCUCUGACUCAAUCCACUUCUACAUCAGCUACAACGUUUUAUACAGCUUAUCCUCCAAUGCCUUCAACGGUCUCCUCCCUAUGUCCCAAAACCAGCCAAUCCGCGAUGCAGCCGUAAUCAACGUCCCCGAGCACUCCGAUGUCCUCAAUGUCGUCUUGCAUACGGUAUACGGCGUAUCGUGCUCCCAGUAUGCCCCCGCAUUUGAGUCUUUGUCGGCUGCGGUGGGCGCGUUGGACAAGUACGGUUACUCGUUGAGUCAGCUUGUCGCUCCCUCUACUCCGUUGUACACCCUCCUGUUAUCGCAUGCGCCCCUAUACCCGAUCGAGGUCUAUACCUUGGCCUCACGGCACGACAUCUUCGAUCUCGCCGUACCCACAUCCGCCCAUCUCCUCUCCUUCUCUCUCCCAUCCCUCAGCGAGGACGCGGCCACACGCAUGGGGCCGAAGUACCUCAAGCGUCUCUUCUUCCUUCACCUAGGCCGCACGGACGCGCUGAAGCGUGUCUUGCUCUCGCCUCCCCAUCCGCAUCCCCCGACGUCGAAUUGCAGCUUUGACAACCAAAAGGGGUUAACGCGGGCGUGGGCGCUCGCAUCCGCGUAUCUCGUCUGGGACGCGAGGCCAGAUAUGUCGGUGAGCAUGAUAGAGUCGACACUGUCUUCGCUCGGAAAGAAUCUGCAAUGCGACACCUGCGAGGAUGGUUUACAAGCUCGGAUAAAAAACGUGGUCGGCCAAUGGUGCGUUGUUAAAGUAAGUCUUAUCUUACAUGCGAUUUUCCAUACCUGA